GCAUUGUUUACCCUCCCGCUCUCUUAACCUACAUAUCCACAACGUUUCUUCUUCUUCUCAAUGGCAGAUUUUAGCUAUCUCUCCACUGUUUCCGCCGAAGAUGCGGCAACGUACGGCUUCACGCGCGAUGAGAUGUACUCCACUAACCUUGCUGGUACCGUCAAGCCAUACGACCGCCACUUGUUCCUCCGCCACAAGUCUUAUACCGAUUGGGCUUCCCUUGCCGAAGAGGAUGGCCUCCCUAAUCUUCUCUCCUCCGGUCUUAAGUCUCGCAAAAACGACAUCCCCGUCAAGACACUGUUGACGGUUAUUGACGGAGCGGAAUCUGACGGCGAUGUUCUGAUUUUUCCUGAGAUGAUCAAAUACAAGGGUUUGACGGACUCUAAUGUGGAUGCCUUCAUUGAGGAUGUUCUUGUGAAUGGAAAGCCAUGGGCUUCUGGAGCGCAGGAAACAUUGACUGGUUCGUAUAUCUUCGUGUGUGCUCAUGGUAAUCGUGACAAGAGAUGUGGUGUUUGUGGACCUGCUCUAAUUCGAAAGCUGAACGAGGAGAUUGAGAUGCAGGGACUGAAGGGUCAGGUAUUUGUAAGUGCUUGCUCUCACAUUGGAGGGCACAAGUAUGCUGGGAACUUGAUUAUCUUCAGCCUCGAUUCUGAGGGAAAGAUUACGGGUAACUGGUACGGCUAUGUUACUCCUCAUGAUGUACCUGAAUUGCUGGAUCAGCAAAUUGCAAAGGGAGAAAUAAUAGAACGCCUUUGGAGGGGUAAAAUGGGGGCUUCUACCGAAGGAGGCAAACAGAAGCUUCCAAACGGGACCGAAGUGAAGAAAAAUGAGAAGCACAAAGAAACUACUGCUCAGAAGACAACAGAAAAUGUGGGUGGUUGUUGUCAGGGUGCUAACGGGUUUACCUGUUGCAUGACUGCUAGCUCUGAACCAAGUGAAGAAAAGAGAAGUGAAGAACCUAGAGAAGUGCACGGAAAGACUGGGAUGUGCAAACUGACAAGUUGGGUGGAAUCAUGGGAGCAACGAGACGUUCUUAGGGCAGCAGCUGUGGUUGGAGCUGUAGCAACCGUUGCUGUGGCUUAUACCUAUUAUAGAAGGUCAGGCUGAAGGAUUCCUUGUAAUCCAUUGUCUUACAGUUCGCAUGUGUGUUGUGUUUCAUACAUCUGUUCUUGGUCGCCGACGUGGUAGUUGAUAAAAUCCUCCAGACCACAAACUUGUUUAGGAGGUCGAUACAGAUAGUUGCAUUUUACAAUACCGGUAUUCAGAAUUCCGAACCAAAUUAAGGUGUAGGGAUGAAAUGUUACCCCAACUUAUGUAUUUCAGCUCAGUUGAUAUCUGUUCGAAUUAA